GAUGAUCAGUCUCUCCCCUCGUGUUUACGUUUUAUAUUAAGUCUUAGAUUACCAUAAUGACUAUCAGGUCAUUCUUGCUAUUUGUGGUAUUGUUAAGCGCAAUGCUGCAAGGUCCUGCUCAAUACCUGGACCUUACAUGCGUGGAGCCGGAACCUGGAUAUGGCCGAAGAGUGUUUCAUUAUUUCACCGCAACUGAAAUUGAGAAAGUAUGUCCUACUUCUGCCGAUCUGACAUGGCGAAUUGGAAAGGAGAUAUUCUGCACUCUUCUCUGUGUGCUUCUGAUGCUUUUGUUGGACUAUGUGCCGUCGAUUGCAAAUGGCGCCAAAGUAAGAUGGCCAGCCAUGGUUUCAUUAGUCCGCGAAUGGAUCAAUCGUCCUUCCCGCUGUCGUCACUGCGGUACUGCCCCAUGUCAGGUCAAAUGGAAAUGCUUAUGGAAGACCAAAGGAUUUCGUAAGAGGGACAGCGCCAAUUUUGUGGAGCGGUCAAAGGCCAUGAUGGUAUUCAACUAUGGACUAUCGAUAUCAGUGGAACUGACUAAAGAGCUGCCACUGGAUGACCUGUUCUUGGAGAGGUGGUUCUGCCAGCGAUUUGAGGAGGAGCACAUGGUGUUGUUCCCACAGUGUAUCCAGCGCCAUAUCAACUACUGGUACCCCGUCCCUCGCUAGAUUCAUGGCACCAAUCAUCAGGAAGAACAUCGAUGAGAUGAAAGUCGAUUAUGGAAUGGACAGUGUUGACUUUGUGUGAUAAAGUCUUAUCGGUUUCACUGAUUCGAUGUACAUGUAUAUAAUGAAAUAUUAACUGCUAGUAGUCAUAUACAUGUAGAUGGAGUCAAUGCUGGCUGUAUUUAACUUGUCAGUUAUUACUAUGUAGAAUUUUUAACUGUUUUAAUGGUCAAUUAUUUACAGAGCCUAUGCUGGUCAAAUUUACCAAUUUAUAACCUAGUUUACCCUGCAUUGGCCAGUACUGGUCCGAUGUUUUUGUUCUGGACAGUUCAUAUAUGGGUCAAUAUAGUAAGUCUGUGUACUAUUAUUGCUACACUGUAUACAAAAGUUUGGCUAUUUUUGUAAUGGACAGUUGUGUGUUUGGAGAUUUUAUUUGUGAUAAAAAAAAACA